AUGGCACCAAAACGCGCAUUUUUACGAGUUUCUGCUCAUAAAGUUAUCCCAGUGAGAGUGUUCAUCAAUCACCAGGCCAUCCGUCAGGCCUCGGAGAACGCAGCAACGGCGGCGAUACCCGCUGUAACCCACAACAAAAAUCGAAAAGUGCUUGUUCGACUGAGGAGAGCUCCGAAAAAGAUAAAAAUAAGAGAACGCGAGCUUAGUCUUAUGCUGGAGCAACUGAAGGGCGAUAUACUUAAGUACGUGCUAGACACCUCGCUUGAAAACUUGCUGAUAAUAAGCACAGCGCGGGAUAUUGCCGAGUCUGCCUCAAAGGGGAAAUACCAGAUAUCUAUUCCGUUGGAGCAGAAUGGAUGGAAGUGUGUUUUGGUGAUGACAUCUGAGACUGUUCAGCAGAUACGAGAUGCGCUGGACCCGCUGAUUCUGGGGUCUAAGAAGCUUUCAGGGUUAUUGAUCAAAGAGGAUAUUUGGAGUGCAGACAAAGAGGCGGGAGCAACUCAGAUACUCGAGGAAGAAGGCGAAACUAGAGGAGGCGGUAUAGGAGAGGCUCUGACUGGAGAAGUUCAGAUACUGCAGGAAGAAGAGGAAGGCGAGGAAAAUGGGAAUUUGAGAGAUAUCCCAGCCAAAAAGCAGAUGACAGCCAAGUAUCACCAUUUGCAGAUACUAGGACAUUCGAUUGAUGUUCACGUGCAUGGCAGGCCUGAGAGAAGAGUUAAAGCAUGA